AUGACUGUCGACAACAAAGCCAUCUGGUGGAAGAAUGCCACCGUGUAUCAAAUCUGGCCCGCUUCUUACAAGGACUCCAACGGAGACGGUGUUGGUGAUAUUCCCGGGAUCAUUUCCACUUUGGACUAUAUCAAAUCCAUUGGUGUGGAUGUUGUUUGGUUAUCACCAAUGUUUGACUCUCCUCAAGACGACAUGGGAUACGACAUUUCCAAUUAUGAAGGUGUGUACCCCAAAUACGGUACCCUUGAAGACAUGGACAACUUGUUGAAGCAAGUCCACGACAGAGGUAUGAAAUUGAUUUUGGAUUUGGUCAUCAACCACACUUCCAGUGAACAUGAUUGGUUCAAGGAAUCCAGAUCCUCCAAGACCAACCCUAAGAGAGACUGGUACAUCUGGAAGAAGCCAAAGUACGAUGCUGAAGGUAACAGACAACCUCCAAACAACUGGGGAUCUUACUUUUCUGGUUCAGCUUGGAAAUACGAUGAAACCACCGAUGAAUACUACUUGCAUUUGUUUGCUGAAUCCCAACCUGAUUUGAACUGGGAAAACGAAGAAACAAGACACGCCAUCUAUAACUCUGCCUUGAAGUUUUGGUUCGAUAAAGGUGUUGAUGGGUUCAGAAUCGACACUGCAGGUAUGUACUCCAAGGUUCAAUCCUUCCCAGAUGCUCCUAUUGUGUUCCCAGACGUUGAGUUCCAACCAUGUAAGGAAUUCCAUCAAUCCGGUCCCAGAAUCCAUGAAUUCCACAAGGAAAUGUUCCAAACUGUCACCUCCAAAUACGAUGCCAUGACAGUUGGAGAAGUCGGCCACUCAACACGUGAGGACUCCUUGAAGUAUGUUUCUGCUAGUGAAAAGGAAAUGAACAUGAUGUUUUUGUUUGACACUGUUGAAGUCGGCUCCGAUAUCGGUGACAGAUUCAGAUACCAGGGCUUCGAGCUUCCAGAAUUGAAGGACGCUAUCAUUAGAGAAUCCGAAUUCACUGUGGGUACUGAUGCUUGGUCUACCGUUUUCAUUGAAAACCACGAUCAACCCCGGUGUAUUUCCCGUUUCGGUAACCCAUCCAAGCAAUGGAGAGUCCCCUCUGGUAAGGCUUUGGCUGCCUUGCAAUCCACCUUGACAGGUACUUUGUUCAUCUACCAAGGUCAAGAAAUUGGUAUGAUCAACUUGCCAAAGGAGUGGGAUAUCAGUGAAUACUUGGACAUCAACACCAUUAACUACUUCAAGGCUUGGUCCGAAAAGAACAAACCUACCGAUGAAGGCUACCAAAAGAACCUCGAUGUCUUAUUGGCCAACAUCAACUUGUUGGCCAGAGACAAUGCUAGAUCCCCAGUCCAAUGGGAUGACUCUGAAUACGCUGGAUUCUCCACUGGUAAACCAUGGACCAGAGUCAAUGACAACUACAAGGAGAUCAACGUUGCCUCUCAAGUCAAUGACCCCAACUCCUUGUUGAACUUCUGGAAGAAGAUGUUGAGUGUCAGAAAGGAAUACUCCCCAGCCUUAAUCUACGGUAACUUGGAAGUCAUUGACAAGGAAAGCAAGGAGAACUUUUCUUACUAUAAGGUGAAUGGUGAUAACAAGGCUUUUGUCACCAUUAACUUUACUGAGUCUCCCAUUGAAGUUAAGAGCACUUCCUCCGACACUUUCAAGUCGGUGGUCUGUUCUGGUGACUCUCAAGAAGAAUCUCUUGAACCAAAGGGUACUGUUUCUUUGGGUCCUUGGGAAGCUAAGGUCUUUGUCUCUGUUUAG